CACCACUGAACUUUGAGACAUGUCUCGUCUCACUCUUUCCGUGCUUUUCGCCAUCACUGCCACUUUAAAACGUUUCUUCACUCAACCUGACACAGCUGACCCAACUCCACUUGUAGACAAGACCUAUGCCUGCCCGCCAGGAAUUCUGUACCAAGUCGACUACAACACCGCUGCUAUUCGUGACUCUCAGGUUGGCUACAACAUCUGUAAAUCCACCACCGAGAACCAGAACUCCAUGUGCCGAACUGGUGAGCCACAUCGACGACUGCCGAUUUUCCUCGGUAUCAUCCCUACCAAUAUCCUUGAAACGGGCUGGGACAUCCUUUUCUUCUGGGUGGCGUGUAUGAUUCUCAUGGGCAUCUGUCUUACUGGUCAGAUGCUAUUUUCUGAAGUACUCUGCUGCGCGAUGAUUCGCGAUGCCCAUGGACGCAAAAUGGGCAAAUCGCUCGGUAACGUCAUUGAGCCGAUCGACGUCAUCUAUGGCCCAUCACUUGAGCAACUCCACCAGAAAUUGUAUUUAGAAGAUCUUUUGGCUGCUGUCAAGCACACCAAGCACGGUAUCGCUGCCGCUUCUGUACAUCACAAACGCCCUGGCAGCCUCACAGGUAGUCUUGCAGGGUACAUUAAUCCCUCAAUCAGCACUGGCGGUACGGAAUGGAUUGCAGAAAUCUCUGUCCUCCUACCAUCACCAAUCCUGCCUUUCUUAUCACGAGACUUUAUCGCUUCCGACCAUUCCGAGUUGAAGAGAACCAUCAUGAGCUACAAUGACGACCUCGACCACAAAAGCCCCGAGGGAUUGCCUGCUCGGUUACUUAAAGCCGACCGAAGCGCUUGA